CCUUUGAUUCCCAUUACUCAAUUCGUUACUCAUUCAUUUCAUUUCCAUCCAUUCAUCCACCUUCUCAUUCUGCUGCGCUGCUUCACGAUUCCCUCGCCAUCACAACCAGAUAGAGCUUCACUGCUUCUGCUCAAGCAGAGAGAAGAUCGAACGCAGAAACUGGAAUGAAGUUUUAAUUGCUUUCAUUUCAAGGACCGUAAGUAUCCUUGGUGCAUAGGAUCUGAUUUGGUGCAUACAGCGUAGUCCACGUUCAUUACCCGGCAAUCUCAAGUUCCCAUGUCAAUUUCUGAGAAACCAUCUUCAUCGUUGACAUCUAUAGACGCCCGAGAUGUUGAUCCGUUGUUAAAGGAUUUGAAUGAAAAGAAGCAGAGCUUUAGGCGCAACGUGGUUUCGUUAGCGGCAGAGUUGAAGGAACUUCGAAGUCGCUUAUCGUCACAGGAACAAUCGUAUGUUAAAGAAACUCAAACAAGACAGGAAGCAGAGACAAAUGCCAAGAACAUGGAAUUGGAAAUUGGCAAAUUGCAGAAGAAAUUGGAAGAAAGAGACGAGCAGCUUCAGGCUUCAGCCUCUUCCGCUGAAAAGUAUAUGAAGGAGUUGGAUGAUCUUAGAACACAGCUUGUGGCAACGAGAGCAACUGCUGAUGCAAGUGCUGCAUCAGCUCAGUCAGCCCAACUCCAAUGUUUAGAACUUGUAAAAGAAUUAGAUGAGAAAAAUAAUUCACUAAAGGAGCAUGAGGAUCGUGUCCUAAGGCUAGGGGAGCAACUAGACAAUUUACAGAAGGAUCUUCGGUCCAGGGAAUCAUCACAAAAGCAAUUGAAAGAUGAAGUUGUGAGAAUUGAGCACGAUAUUAUGGAGGCUCUUGCAAAAGCCGGAGAGAACAAGGAUUGCGAACUACGGAAAAUAUUAGAUGAGGUUUCACCUAAAAAUGUUGAGAAGAUGAAUAAGCUUCUAGUUGUUAAGGAUGAAGAAAUCUCAAAACUUAAGGAUGAAAUUAAGAUCAUGUCUGCUCACUGGAAGCUUAAGACUAAGGAAUUAGAAUCACAGUUGGAGAAACAACGGCGUGCUGAUCAGGAGCUCAAGAAGAAGGUAUUCAAGUUGGAAUUCUGUCUGCAGGAAGCUCGUUCUCAGACACGAAAACUCCAUAGGAUGGGAGAGCGACGGGACAAAGCUAUUAAAGAACUUAGAGAUCAAUUAGCAGCAAAGCAACACCGAGCAGUUGUGGCUGCAGAUAAGCAGACUCAGAAUUUCUGGGACACUUCUGGAUUUAAAAUCGUCGUCUCCAUGUCUAUGCUGGUCUUGGUGGUAUUUUCAAAGCGGUGAAACCAUUAAUGUAUAACAAUUCGUGUAUAUAGACGUACCGAAUACCUUCAAAUUCUAAGAGUCUAGAGAAAUUGUAGAAGCGCCGUUUAAUGCAGUUUUAUAGGUAAUAUAGCUUUAGCUUGUUCAAUAUGUACGUGUAGCGUCAGGAUCACGGCAUUUUUGCGAUGUUCUAUUAUACUAAAUUGCAGUAGUUGCGUUUAUAUUGAUUUACGGUCGCAUUAUUAAUUUAUAAUUGUAUUUAUUUAUGCUGGCUAGAAUCGCUGUGGACCUCGUUCACAAUCAUUUAUAUAGAAAACUAUGAAGUCGAAGACGCUACAAAUUUGUGUGAAAUGAAAACUGUCUAUACAGCCAACUACAGUUGAUUUAUG